GGCGGGGCGAGUGUUAAUGCAAUGGUCAUAAAGUAAAACUCAAAUGUGUGCGUUUCGUCGACACUUACAGUUGUUGUGUUUACAUUAUCAGAUGUACCUAACGGAUAUGGAUACUAGCAUCGUCACGUGACUUUAUAAUGGAGCACAUCGUCGCUAAAAACAUAAACAACUGAAGUGCAAAGUCGCAGUAGGAUCUGCUUGAACCAACCCGCUUUUUAGUGUCAGUACUGUGGUCUUCGCCAUGGGCCGACUGGACGAUGCUGCCAAGCGCAAGGUGGUGGAGCUGCGGGAGGCAGGUUUGAGCUUCCGUAAGAUCAAAGCCGUGCUUGAGCUGGAGAACAUCAAGGUGUCUGCGCAGGCCAUCUACCUUUUCCUGAAGGAGUUUCAAGGGAGAGCUCGAAAGGAGGACGGAGCAGCUGGGAACAGCAGCCAUACGGUGCCUGCGUCGACGGCAGGCAGGGAGGUGGGCGGCUCUGAGACGCGGCCGGGUGCUUGGAGCGAUCAACAGCUAAGGAACCUCCUCAGAGAAGCUUCCAGAGUCGCUGCCUCCCAGCAGGCCGCAUCCUCCAUGGAUGCAAGAGGAGGACAGUCUUCUGGGACGGGUCCGGGUGGCAGAAGGGAGGCACAGGGUGGGGAAAAAGAUGAGGACAUCCGGAUUAUCAGCGUGACCUCGUUGGCACAGGGUACGCAGAAUGCUGGGAUCCAAGGGCCGCGCUCAGGAGUCGGGACUGGAGGGAUGAGUGGUGCUUCUUAUGUAAGACGACGACACACACCCUCACCUGCCAAUCCUGUGCUAGUGGCUCGAAAACGACUCCUGGACAAGGCUUUGCUCCAUAGAGCGCGGGUAAGAGACAGCAGUCCUCAGACCGGCCAGCAGGUGUCGUUGUCAGUGAGACGAGAUCCUUCCUGCUUCUCUGGUUCUGAUGGGAGAAAGCUUGUGUUACCACAGACAGCUUCUUACGACCUCACUACAGCCAGACCUCCAAAUAUGAGAUCAUUGCACCAAGGAGCCAGUCCUCACAGGAGAUGGAUGCACCAGCGGGUGAGUGUUCCUGUUCGCGCUCCUCAACACCCGCCUCGUGUCGGUAUCCGCCUCCCCGACCAAGCCACCGCUGGGGCGACCUCCCAAAAUGCAGCCCCCUCUGCACGGGUUCAAAAUGUUCCCAACCAGCCCUCACCUCCUCCCCAGCGGAACGUUCUCGACCCUGCCGCUGUUAGCAGCCUGCAGGAGCAGAUCCAGUCAUUGGGCUCCGAGCUGAGAAGUUUGGGCCUGGCGUUAAGGAUGAUGGUGGAGCAACAAGGCCGACUGGAGAGAGAACAAGCCCAGCAGACUCAGGUCCAGAAGCAGAUCCUCAGCACCCUUCAGGAUCUCGCAUCCAAAUUUGACCCUCUGCAGUCCACAUGUGCUCCAGCGUCUUGUUCACUGGCCUCCUCGGUGCCAUUCAGCCAGAGCGCGACCAGCCAGGGCGCCUACGCUCAGUGCAGCCAAGCCCAGACGCGAUACAAUGAGAUCCACGAUUCUGGUCUCGAGAGCAUCGAGGUGUUUUCUCUGGACCAGCUCAGCCCUCCCACCAUGAACGGGUUUCAGCAGUGCCCGACCUCCAGCGGGCCCCCGUUCACACACGCACAAGCGCGCACGCCAACGUUCACGCAGACCCACACGCAAACAUACUCGCCCAGCACACUCCCCUAUACACAGCCGCACACAGACUCCUAUACAGGGCUGGAUAGUAAAUCCGUAGACAUGCCCUCCACCAGUGCAGAUGGAUCAUUCCAGGCAUGUAGCCCUCCUAACCAAUCCUCUAGUCUUCCGGUUUCACCGCACGAGCCCGAGCUGAACAUUAUUAAGGUGGAGAACGUCUGAAUAAUGGUUGAUAUCUGGACUUCAGUAUCCAAAUGCUUUGGGCUAUAGUGCAUUUUAUUUUACGGUAACACUUUACAAUAAGGUUCAUUAGUUAACAUUAGUUAACUACAUUAGUUAACAUGGACUAAUAAUGAACUUCACUUAUACAGCUUUUAUUAAUCUUUGUUAAUGUUAAAUUCAACAUUUACUAAUACACUAUUCAAAUCUUGUUAACAUUAGUUAAUGCACUGUGUGAACUAACAUGAACAAACAAUGAACAACUGUAUUUUCAUUAACUAACAUUAAUGAAGAUUAGUAAAUACAGUAACAAAUGUAUUGCUUAUGGUUAGUUCAUGUUAGUUACAUUAACUAAUGUUUAACUAAUGAACCUUAUUGUAAAGUGUUACCUUUUUUAUUUUAUUGUACUCUUUUAGGUUACCAGAGAAACUCACAAGUGAGGGCUUUUCACACUUGAAAUAGUUAACCCUGGGUCAUUCUAAACCCCAGGUAAAUGGAGUCCUGGGGUUAACAGUUUAUCCUGGGUAUUCAUAAACUGCCGCUUCACACUGCACAUUCCUAAACACCAGGUUAAAGUCCUUUUUUGCAUAUUUGCAGUGUCAGUGUUACUGACUGCUGACUGUAAUAUCGUGGGGUUUUUUUCUGAAUAAACUUUUCAAACUAUAAAGGUAAGAAUGAUGGUCUCAUCUUCACUCCAAUUGUCACGUUUUUCAUCGCCGUUUGACAUUUUUCCUAUCAUACGCAGAAACAACUGUUUAUAUACAUUGUGUGGUUUUUCCAUGAUUGCUGGCUCAGUGAGGCCUGCAUCGCCAGUAAUAACACUCCCUUUUUCAAUGUCCAGAAAGCUACUAAAAACAUAUUUAAACAGUUCAUGUGACUGCAGUGGUUCAACCUUAAUGUUAUGAAGUGACGAGAAUACUUUUUGUGCGCCAAAAAUAAGAAAAUAGCGACUUUAUUCAACAAUAUCUAGUGAUGGGCGAUUUCAAAACACUGCUUCAUGAAGCUUCGAAGCUUUACGAAUCUUUUGUUUUGAAUCAGUGGUUUGGAACAUGUAUCAAACUGCCAGAGUCACGUGAACUAUUGCAGUUUCAAAACACUUAUGACGUAACGAAGCCUUGGUUACUGAAAUCAUGUGAUUUUGGCGCUCUGAACCACUGAUUCGAAACAAAUGAUUUGUAAAGCUUCGAAGCUUCAUGAAGCAGUGUUUUGAAAUCGCCCAUCACUAGAUAUUGUGGAAUAAAGUCACUAUUUUCUUAUUUUUGGUGCACAAAAUCGCUUUAUAAUAUUAAGGUUGAACCACUGUAGUCACAUGAAUGGUUUUAAAUAUGUUUUUAGUAGCUCUCUGGGCACUGAAAAAGGAAGUGUUAUUGCUGGUGAUGCAGGCCUCACUGAGCCAUCGGAUUUUAUCAAAAAUAUCUUAAUUUGUAUUCCGAAGAUGAACCAAGGUCUUACGGGUGUGGGACGACAUGAGUAAUUAAUGACACAAUUUUCACUUUUGGGUGAACUAACCCUUUAAGCGCAGUGUGAAAAGCCCUCAAGAAACUUAUACCAAGUAAAAAAGUUCUGUGUUUUUGUGUUUUAUUUAAUUUAAUAUAAUAAUUUUGCCUUUUUUAUAUGAAAAGGAAAUAAAUAUCACAAUAGACAUG